CUUUCUGACCCCUGCCAUCGCGCUUCGGCUGCUUUUGAGUUGCUGCCGCCGCCGCCGCCGCCAUGCCGAAGCUGAGCAAGGAAGCUAAGCAGCGAUUGCAGCACCUCUUCAAAGGUGGCCAGUUCGCCAUCCGUUGGGGCUUCAUCCCUGUGGUACUUUAUUUAGGUUUUAAGAGAGGCGCAGAUCCUGGAAUGCCUGAGCCAACUUUUUUGAGUCUACUUUGGGGUUGAAGGAAUUAACCAAUGUAUUUUGAGAGUAUGCCUUUGAAGAUGAAUACAUUCCGAAGACUAGAAGGACAGUUAUGCAAUACUACUGGCCAGCUGUUUAUCUGAUAACAUGUAAAUGACAUUUUUGUCAGUGUAAUGUAUUUGUUAUUUCUAUUGGAAUAAAUAUUUAGAUUUUAAAAAUGA